AGUAGUUACAAUUAUAGCUUUUAUUCCAACCCUUAUUAUAUCUCUCUUUCACUCCUCUUCUCCUGCAAACAUAGUUUUCCUACAUUUCUUCCAUUCUCUGUCCCCUUCUUUCUUUCAAGAAAAUGACUAAAGAUGAAGACUUUAAUCUCCUCAAAAUCCAGACAUGUGUGCUUAGAGUGAACAUAAACUGUGAAGGAUGUCAGCAGAAAGUGAAGAAAAUUCUUCAGAGAAUUGAAGGUGUGUACCAAGUAAAGAUAGAUGCAGAGCAACAGAAGGUGAGUGUAGCCGGCAACGUCGAUUCGGCAACUCUGGUGAAGAAACUGGUGAAAGCCGGCAAACACGCCGAGCUCUGCUCCCCAAAAUCCGACCAAAACCAGAAACAGGGCAAAACCGCUCCCACCAAAGAAGACACAACCACCCCCAAAUCCAAGAAACCGCACGUCCCCAAAAACAAACACAACAACAGCGAUGAUCAACUGCAGCAGGAAGAAGACGGGAUGCAGCUGAUCAGAGACAAGAUCAACCACCUCUCCCUCCUCAAGCAGCAGGCCGACGCCGCCGAGGCCAAGCGCAGCAACGCUGCCAGGAAAAUGAACAACGUUGUUGCCGGUGGGAGUGCUAAUGGUAAGAAGGGGAAUCAGACUCCUAGCACGAACACAAACACAAACACGGACACGAACAUGUCUGGGAAUGAGUUAAGUGCGAUGAUGAAUUUCGCGGGUUUUCAUGGAAACGGAGGCGGGAAUAAUGGGAUGUAUGGGGCUCAGCGGCCGAGUAAUUUUAAUUACUCGGCCGCGCCAGGAGGGGAGUAUCCGUAUCAUGUACCGGCCUCGGGGUUUGUGAACAUGCAAGGCCGGUAUGGGGGUUUCCAGCACCAGCAGCAACAACAGAUGUUGUAUAAUCAGAGCGCGUUUGUGCCUCCGAGCACCGGUUAUUACUAUAACUAUGGGCCGGAGGCGUAUGGCGGUGGUGGUGAUCGUGUGUUUGGCGAUGGGAAUGAAGGGGGAUGUAGGGUUAUGUAGUUUUGGAUCAUUGAUGGAUUUAGUUUUUUUUUUUAAGUGAGUUUAUUUAUAUGUUGUAGUGUGGACUAUUUCUUGAUUUUCUAGUAUGUUUUGAUUUUGAGUUUUGUUGAGCUAUUUGGUUUUCGAUGUUAUGAUGGAAAUGAUAGUUGUUGAAAGAAGAAUUUAUUAUUGCCUGAUUUUGUAACA